GUGUACUGACGUGUUCGCGCAAGAGCCAGGGAUUUUUCUUCCCUUCCCGACUUUCAGUCUCUUCCUCUUACUCAAUCCUCUUCCUCACAGCCAUGGCCGUUCUUACUUAUCUUUCUCCUUUCUCGUCAGCCAACUCCGUCCAGUCCUUCUCCUCCCAUCAACCCCGCCGUCUCCCUUCUCCUCCAACGAUGUCCUGCUCUUGCCAUCUUUCGAUUGCAGAACCAAAGAACUGGCGAGCUCUUGUCUCGACAGCCCUUGCUGCUGUGGUCGUAAGCUUCGGCGGAGUUGGAACGAUGCCCGCUAUUGCGGAGCUCAAUAAGUUUGAGGCGGAGAUGAGGGGUGAAUUCGGGAUCGGCUCAGCGGCGCAGUUCGGGUCGGCGGAUCUCAAGAAGGCUGUGCAUGUAAAUGAAAACUUCAGGCGAGCAAACUUCACAUCUGCCGACAUGCGGGAGUCCGACUUUAGCGGUUCCACGUUCAAUGGAGCUUAUAUGGAAAAGGCUGUUGCUUACAAAGCAAAUUUUUCAGGUGCUGAUUUAAGUGAUACUUUGAUGGAUCGGAUGGUACUUAAUGAAGCAAAUCUCUCGAAUGCUGUUCUCGUGAGGUCAGUUCUCACCCGCAGUGAUCUUGCUGGAGCAGUUAUUGAAGGUGCUGACUUCAGCGAUGCAGUCUUGGACCUUCCUCAAAAACAGGCUUUAUGCAAGUAUGCAAAUGGGACAAAUCCUAUUACAGGAGUGAGCACAAGGAAGAGUCUGGGCUGCGGUAAUCCCCGCCGAAAUGCGUAUGGGAGCCCGUCUUCUCCCCUGCUCAGCGCACCACCACAAAAGCUACUUGAUCGGGAUGGAUUCUGUGACGAGGCCACAGGUCUUUGCCAAGCAAACUGAGCAAAAAUGAGAUUUGUCCCAUUGUGUGAAAGUGUUUGCAAUACAGCUUUUCUUAAAUUUCUUUUUUCAACUUUUUCGAAUAGCUUUCACAGCUAAAACUACACUGUAAUAAAACUUAUAAGGUGUUCACCUCAAUGGAUGGAUGCCAAAUGAUAUUAAUUCUUAUUCAAAAGAAAUAUUUUUUUGGCUA